CAAUGUUACUAUGGGACGUACCCACAACACAGAUAGCCACUACUACGGUGUCCUCGUUCUGCCGUUAGUAACCGCCUACACGCCGUCCCCUCAUGGUACAUAGGACUCGGACUUGGUUGUUGACCUUUCUGACUCAUAUUAGGAAGAAAUCUGCAGGUUCAAACCUGAAAGAGCAGGUCCAAAAAAAAAAAGACGGGAAUGCGUUUGCAUUGAGUCAAAAAUCGUCCCCGUCCUUGACGUAUUCCCAAAUCUCCAAAAAAAUCCUCUGAACCGACCCCAGCCUCACCUCCAGAUCCCUGCUCUACCAUGAAAGAUCAGCGUUGAACCGUUGUAUCCUGAUAUCGAUCUUUUCUUCUCCCGGGCUCUCCACAUUCAAGGGUGCCGAAGGAAGAGAAGCCUGACAUUAUGCAGUCAGUGGAGGUCCAGCUCGUUCAUUUCAACGAUGUUUACCACAUUCCCUCCCCUUCCCUCUUAACCAGCUUUCUGAACAUCCAGCGGGAGUUCGCAUCUUCUAAUCCACGGGCCCAAACCCUAACACUCUUCAGUGGCGACGCUUUCUCCCCCUCCCUUGAAUCCAGCGUCCUCAAGGGCGAGCAGAUAUGUCCAAUUCUGGGCCUCGUCGGGAUUGAAGUCGCCGCACCCGGUAAUCACGAUUUCGACUUUGGCAAUGCUCGGCUCAUUGAGCUUUGCGGAAAACUCAAGUUUCCCUGGGUGCUUUCGAAUGCGUACCAUCUACCCGAUGGAAAGGCGAAUGGAAAGGAAAAGCUGUUCUUGGGAACGGCACAGGAGUACCUCGUCAAGCAGCUGGAGAAUGGGCUUCGCAUCGGAUUUCUCGGGCUUGCUGGGACUGACUGGCCCUCGAACUGCGAAGACCUCCCGCCGUGCGAGAUUGAGUCACCUGGGAAAGUCGCCAGGCGGGUAGCUCGCUAUCUUCGAGUUCACGAGCGCUGCGACGUGGUCAUUGCGCUCACGCAUAUGAGGCUUCCGGAGGAUAUGAAUGUCGCCAAUGUGGCUGCGACUGGAGAUUGUAGGAUUGAUUUGCUUCUCGGAGGGCAUGAUCAUGAGGUGCUGCGAAGAUUUGCAGCGGACACGGAUCUCAAUCCCGAUCAUUUCGAGCAAGGACGGCAUAUUGCCGACGUUGGAAAGAACGGCAUGGUUCCUGACGUCGAGAGCAGCAACAUCAGGAUCGUAAAGUCAGGUACUGACUGGAGGGCGAUGUCGCUGAUACGGCUGAUCGUUCACAGGGAUGAGCAUGGCGCUGCUGUAAAAUCGACGGUGACAUUGCGGCAGUAUACCGAUAUCAAGGCUGCCGUUGGCGAGCCGGAUUCGCCCCCGGCGCAUCUCGUCCAGACGAUAGAGCGCAUUCAUGAGCGCGUUGGGUCUCUCGUUCAGAAGCCGCUCCUGCAUUGUGCAAUACCCCUCGAUGGCCGCAACUUCACGAUCCGCCGACAAGAGACAAACUUGGGCAACAUGCUCGCUGAUGCAAUCCGCGCAUUCUACCACUCUGAAAUUGGCUUGUUCAACAGCGGCGCAAUCCGCAUCGAUCAAGUCCUCAAUGCAACCGUUCCCGACGGGAAGCCAUUGCUUGUCCGAGACAUGAUCAAUGUCUGCCCGUUCGGCAAUGCCCUGGUAGUGCAAAAGAUCUCCGGUGAGAUUUUGCGGCUCGCGCUGGAGAAUAGCGUGUCAGACAUGCACACGGAUGGCCGGUUCCUACAGAUUUCUGGGAUUAGGAUGACAGCCUGCUGGAAGCGUCCUGAGGGGUCUCGUGUUCUAGAUGUCCUUGUUGAGAGACCCAAUGGGGGCUUUGAGCCGCUGAACCCAGCGCGAGAGUAUGCCGUCGCAAUGCCCUCCUUCAUCGCGCUUGGGUACGAUGGAUUCACCUGGUUUGCGGCGGCCGAGACGCUCGUGAGCGAUGAGGCGGCAGUAACAGACUCAGGCUUGCUGCUUACGAUGUUUGGGGGAAAUGAGGAGGUGCCCCAUGGUGUUCACGCAUUGAACAUUGCGCGUGCUCGGGCUGUGACCGUUGUAGGUCGAAACCCUGAGGAUUCUUUGCCGAUUGUGAAGCCUCUUCUAGAUGGUAGGAUCCGUUUUGUCGAAGUAUGAGUUCCCUUCUAGACAUAGUAGCUUCGAGAUCGAUAGAAAUUGCCAGAAGAUGCUCGUCAUUCAAUAAAAGCUGGUCAAUCCACAUAUCCCUUGGAAUGUGUACUCGUAAUGAGCUGACGCAGGCCCGUUAGACGAUAGUACGCUGUCAAGAAAAAGCUGAUUAUUUCCGAGACCGUAGACAAGGUGGUGCAAAGAAGACUUGAACCGAUACAGGAAGCUAUCCCGUAGCGAUACAGAUUGUCAUUAAAAAGAUGUUCGUCAUGAGGAAGAGGUCUCAUGAAGAUCAAAGUAUUUUAUAGAGGUCAUUGGCCCUUCGCUUGCUCCCCAACAUAGUUGAUAUUUCUCCAGUUUCAAGAGCUUUCGUUGUGCAAGGUCCUCGCUGCAAUGGGGUUAGAAUCUUUUCCCCCUCUUUAGGCACGUGGUAGGGGUAGCAGGGUAGAAGGGGGUCUGCGUGCAUCCUU